AUGUCACAAACACCAGUUGAUAUUGAAUCAUAUGAUUCACAUCCCGAUCAAAAUGCAGUAGCAGGAAUGGACGAUGAUACAGUUGUACUCAAUGUUGGUGGAGUAAAGUAUGAAGUUAGACCAAGUACUCUAUGCAAAUACCCAAAUACAUUACUCGGUCAAUACUUUAGUCCCAACAACAAGCAUAUGAGAAAGGCCGAUAAGAAGGGUGAAUACUUUUUUGAUAGAAAUGGUCGUGUCUUUGAAGUUAUCUUGAAUUUCUAUAGAACUGGUAAACUUGUCAUUCCAACAGAGAUUCCACAAGAAUUGUUAAGAGAGGAAUUAAAGUACUUUAAACUCGACUAUGAUGAUGGUAGCGAAUCUGACUCUUCAAAGGAGAAUGAAGAUGAAAAGAUUUUAAAAUUACCAAGAGAUCAAAUCUACACAUUUGCAAACAACUUGAUUCAUUCACCAUCAAAAUAUGAAGUAAAGAGAGGUUUAUAUUUCCUUCAAAAUAAUAAUAGUUAUUUAUAUAAAUAUUCGAUUGCAUAUGCAUAUUAUCGUUUGGGAAUGAAUCGUCAAGGAUUAGAGACACUUGAUGAGAUUUUGGAGACUGACCCACACAACCCACAAGCUCAAUCACUUUUGGUUCUCUUUAAUGACAGUAGAACCAAGAAUGCAACCAUUGGUCUAGUUGCCUUUGGUCUCAUUAUCAUUGGUGUUGUUGGUGUUUGGAAACUACGUGGUUGGUGGUUACGUCGUGCUGCCGAUGCUCUAGUCACUAGUGGUGGUGCUACUACUACCGCUGCCACUACUAUUGCACCAGCAGCAGCAGUUGUUACUUCUGUCGCUUCACCACAAAUGGUUCAAAGUGCUACCAACCAUGUCGCAUCCAGCGUACUUUUAUCCGCUGUUCAACCUGUUGCUGAUGCUGUCUCGUCGAGCGUGACACCAGCAGCAACAGCCGUUUUCCAAUCAGCUGUCGCUCAAGCAGUCACUCCAUCAACUCUCACUACUUCAUUUGUUGAUUCUAAUUUCGCCGAAGCAAUGGGAAAGAGUUUACCAGAAUUUAGAAAAUAA